CCUUCGAUGCUGUUUAUGUGGGGUAAUGUAUUCCCCCAACUCCCCGGGUGUGUCUGGCAAACUUUCCAGCGCGAAACACAAAUUCGACUUUCUUCAGCUUUUGUUUCCUGCAAGCCAAUUUCCAGGGUUUGUAUUUCGUCCAUUGAUUGUGUUAUACCCCAGACGAGGUUCGUUUUGGAGCCAGGCUUUUAUCUCCGAUUGCCUUUACAUUAUCAGAAACCUAGGUUUCAAAAGAUCCUCCAGACGUGGGGGACGGUGAAUCAAAAUGGCCAUUGAACAACUGUUCGAUGUGUUACCUUUACAUUACUUGCAGCACGGCAUAUCGAAAUUCGGUGCUGUCAAUGUUGCGUUAGCAGUCUUAAUCACAGCCGCCUUAGGCGUGCUUGGUGAUUACGCAUGGAUGUUAUAUUUGAGGUCGAAGAUGCCUCCUGGGCCUUUGCCUUUACCUAUAGUCGGAAACACAUUUCAACUACCAGAUGUCAAACCAUGGAUCUGGUUUGAAGAGCUGUCCAAGAAGUACAAUUCAGGACUCAUUACAAUUUGGAUAGGGAGAAACCCUACAGUCUGGGUAAAUGAUGCAUGGACCGCCAAUGAGUUACUCGACAAGCGAGCUGGAAUCUACUGCUCUCGCCCUCGUAUGCUUGUUUUCGCAGAACUUGGAGCCGGCCAGAACAAUCUUGUUAAUCUGAUCACCACAACACAAGCCCAACGUGAGCGUUUCCGCGCACUCAGAAAACUGACCCACCAGGGCGUGGGCAUCCAGCAAGUAAAGAGGUAUCGCGAUUUCCAAAAUGAUGAAAGCAAGAUGGUCGCUUAUGACAUGUUGACUACGCCCGAGAACUACGUUAAACAUUUCGAGCGCUACGCGACCAGUGUCGUAUCAAUCAUCGGUUUUGGGAGACGAGUGGGCGACCCUAAUGAUCCAAUCAUUACGGAAGUCAUUGCCGUUAUGCAUAGAGCUGCUGAUCUGAACGUACCCGGCAAGACCUUUCCUAUGCUUAUGGAGACUUUCCCUGUUCUCGCCAAAGUACCGACAGAGUAUGCCCCUUGGAAACAUGGCUUAGGUGCUCGCGGGAAGUCCCACCGUGGCCACGACUUCUUCUACUCUCUUGCCCAGGAGGCAAACGAGAAACCCGGACACGAAGACUGCUACGCCAAAAUGCUCUUCAGAGAGAAAGAGAAAUAUGGUCUCCGGGACAAAGAGAUCUCGGCUCUUGCAGGCAACCUCUUCGGCGCCGGAUCCGACACUUCAAGCAGCACCCUCAUCACCGCCAUCCUCGCCAUGCGCGCAUUCCCAGAAACCUUGAUCCCAGCCUGGGAAGAACUCGACCGCGUCGUUGGCCCCAACCGCAGCCCGUCUUUCGACGACGACCUCGAACUUCCCUACAUCCGCGCCUUCGUCAAGGAAGUCUUCCGCUGGCGCUCCGUCGCCAUCAUCGGCGGCCAACCCCACGCUCCAAUCCAAGACGACUACUACAACGGCUACCUGAUUCCAAAAGCCACUUGGGUCCAGGGAAACGUCUGGGCUAUCCACCACAAUGACCGCGAAUUCCCCGAACCUGAUCGCUUUAACCCGUACCGGUUCAUCAAGGACCAUCCAGACGCACGACCGUUCCCCGGCGAGAGGGGAUACAUGACGUUCGGAUGGGGCCGUCGCGUUUGCUCCGGGCAGGCCCUAGCAGAACAGGGAACUUGGCUGACGGUAGCUCGACUGAUAUGGGCGUUUAAGGUCGAACCUGCGGUUGAUGCUAGUGGAAAGCCGGUUCCUGUUGAUAUAUUUGACUACACGAAUGGAUUAAAUAUGCGACCGGAGCCUUUUGAAGUCAAGAUCACACCUAGGAGUGAGGAGAUUCGGAAGACGAUCAUUCGUGAGGGCGAGCAGGCACUGGCGGAUCUGGCGCCGUUUGAAGGUGAGACGAAGUAUCGUAUGAGUACAUUUUAUAAGAAAUCAUAA